AGCAAACUUUCUGAGUAUAUAGUAGUACUAAUAUAUUUCUAUGGUUAUCAAAGUCCAGCACUUGCACGUCACCAAAGUUAUUUAGUUUUCUUCAACAUUCUGAGAAAGCCAGAAGUGAAAAAAAAUGGCUUCAAGGCAGCCAUUCCCACCAAAUCCAAGGCCUAAAACCAGCAUAAUUUUUCUUGCAAUCACAAUCUCUACUUCACUCAUCAUUCUCUCUGCAAUUCUGUAUUUUAUUUACUAUUUAUGGUACACUUUAGUUCACAGGUCAAGAACCAGCCCAUUUGAUGGAGCUUCUCCAUUGAAGCAGCUUCAAAGAUUCAGCUACAAAGAGCUCAAGAAUGCCACCAACAGCUUCAGUACCUCCAACUGCAUAGGAAAAGGGGGUUCUUGCACUGUUUUCAGAGGAAUCUUGAGGGAUGGGAAAUUGGUGGCUGUGAAGCUUCUUGAUUCAGCCUCUUUUCAAUGUGAACAGGAGUUUCAGAAUGAGUUGAAGAUUCUUGGUGGGAUAAAGCCCUGCCCUUUUGUUGUUUCUCUGUUGGGUUUUUGUGUGGAGGGGGAGAAGAGGCUCGUGGUGUAUGAAUAUAUGCCUAACAGAAGUUUGCAAGAAUCGUUAUUCUCUGAAUCAGACAGCCUUAACUGUGGUGAUACGAGGCUGAGUUGGGGCAGGAGGUUUGGUAUAAUCCAUGAUGUUGCAAAGGCUUUAGCUUUUUUGCAUAAUGAAUGUGGUCCUGCUGUGAUUCAUGGGGAUGUGAAGCCAAGCAAUGUGUUGCUUGACACUGAGUUCAGAGCUAAGCUUUCCGAUUUCGGCUUGUCUAGGUUGAAGGUUGAGAGUGAGGGUGAGAUUGGUGUUGAUUUGUUCAGUCAGGAUCUGUGGAAGAGUCAAGAACUUUCUGGAAACUCGAAUGCUGGCGUGGGAGGGGGUGGGGAGAAUGAGAGUACUCCUAAUGUUGGGACUCCUGUGGAGAGCCAUGAGAAUGAUGAGGUGGAUUUUGCAUUGGCUUUGCAAGCAUCUGCCUCUUCCAAGAGUAGUUGUAGGGUUUAUCACAAUGUUAUGGGAUUAGCUAUAAAUUCUUUGAAUUUCAACUUUAGCCCUGAUUGUGGGAGUGAGAAUAAGGGGGGUGUGGAAUUGAAGGGGAAGGAGCUAUCAGCAAAUGAAAAUGGUGGGGUGGAGUGGAGUAAAUUUGUGCCAUAUGAUGAUGAGUUGAGCAGUGUGGAUCAUAGUAAAGAGAUAAACUUGAAUGCUGCCAUCGUUGGUGAAGAUAAUGGCAGUCGAGAAGAUGUGGGUGCUAAGCAAUGGGGGAAGGAUUGGUGGUGGAAGCAGGAUGGGAGUGGUGAGUUUUGUAGUAAGGACUAUGUGAUGGAGUGGAUUGGUAGCCAGAUUUGCCAUUCGACAGAUUGGGACGAGGAGAAGGGGGCAGUCGAAGAGAAAGCGAGCUCGGAUCAUGCUAAGCAUUUGUAUAAAUGUGAGGAAGUGGGUGAGAAUUCUGUUCAAGAACCUGCAUUUGAAUGUAGUGGGGAGGGUGUUGAGAAGGAGGAUUCAAAAAGGCGGAGGGCUCACGGAAGGAAGCAUAGGAAGAUGCAUGAAUGGUGGAAAGAGGAGGAAAUGGAUGAAGCUAAGAAGGCAAGUAGGCUUCUAGUGUGGAGAAGGGGUAGGUUCAAAGUGCCACAUUUGAGACUAGGGAAAUGCUUCAAGUUCAAGAAUAGGAAAAGGUUGAGGAAUGGAGAUGAUCAUCAACACAAUGCAGAUGAUCAGAACAUGGAGUUUAGCUUCAGAAAGGGGUGGAGGAGAAAAAAUCCACCGCGUUCCAUGGGGAGCGAGGAUCUUUUCAGCCGGGAGUUGAGCAGCACGACGAGUAUGAGGGGCACGUUGUGCUAUGUGGCGCCAGAGUACAACGGCUAUGGCUACUUGAUGGAGAAGUCUGAUAUCUACAGCUUGGGAGUGUUGAUCCUUGUGAUAAUCUCCGGGAGGAGGCCAUUGCACGUGCUGUCCUCGCCCAUGAAGCUUGAGAAGGCCAACUUGAUUAGCUGGUGCAAGAGCUUGGCUCACUCUGGGAACACACUAGAGCUGGUUGAUCAAAGGCUGAGAGAUGAAUACAGCAAGGAACAAGCCACUUUGUGCAUAAAUUUAGCCCUUGCUUGCCUGCAGAAAAUGCCCGAGUUAAGGCCGGAAAUUGGCGACAUUGUCAAGGUUUUGAAAGGCGAAAUGGAGCUCCCUUCACUGCCAUUUGAGUUCUCCCCUUCUCCGCCUCCCAAGCUUCACAGCCGUUCAAGACGAAGACUCAAGAGCUGCGUGGAUUAGCUUGGUCGUUUCGUUGGAUCAGACCAGGAAAAAGGCUUGAUCAAGAAUGUUUCAAUAUUUUGAUCAAAUGAUGUUUAUAAUUGUGGAUUGAUGUGAUCAAGUUUAAGCUUUGCCUUCUUUUAUGUAGUUUUAGUGGAUUGAUCAGAUUCUUACUUACACAAGAUAGGAUUCAAUUGUUAUCAGUUAGACCCUUUUGAAUUCAA